GAUCUGUCUACGGAGCAGAGAAGACACUUAACUUUAAAUUUUUGAACACUACUCCGUACUUGCUAAGCAUUUCCUGCGUGCGAGGAAAUUGUAACUACUUUCUCAAUCGAAGAUUCUUAAAUCCAUUCCACCAUGCCGCGAGCUCGCACUGAGAAGACAAUGUCUUCUCGUCUUCUUACUAUGAAAUUUAUGCAACGCGCUGCCGCGUCCUCUGGCGGCCCAGCGACCCCUUCCAGUCAAACAUCCACGGUCGACGCCGAAGCUUCAACGCCUUCACCGAAACGUCAAAAACUGUCCAACAAUGCAUCGCGUUCGGACAUGAAGGCGAUAUCAGCCGCUAUCAGAGCCGAAGAGGAAAGGCGCGCCGCAGCAAUCGCGAAGCAAGCAGCCGAAGCCGGAGAGACCCAAUGGGUCCUUGAAUUUCCUGCGCGGGCGAUAAGCAAUACGCCAACGCCGACAGUGGUGACAACAGCAGACCCGAAUGAUACGGACGAAGAACUCGAAUACGGCGGUCGAAGAAGUUAUGGAAAUUUUAAGAAGAAGACAAAAACUCCGGCAUAUGCCACAGUUGAAGAAAAGCAAGGCGAAGCUGCUGAGUCUUCGGAGCAAGAUGAAGUGUUAGCUCUGAUUCGUUCAGCACAACCUCAGGAAGAGUCUAAACGAAACAACCGUGGACAGUCCAAUCGCCAAAACCAAGAUCGUGCGCGUAAAGGUAUUAGCUCUGGUGGCGGCCGGCAGUCUGAUGAAGUCGAUUUACGCAAACUCAAUAGCAUAUCCGGUGGAAUGUCAAGGGAAAAAAAACCGGCCGGCGGUAAAAGGAAAGGGUUCAGAUAGGUCACGCUUCGCGGGUCAAGCGUGGACAGCUUACACGGACUCCCCACAAAGCGUGACGGUAUGCCUUUCGAAUUAGAUACCAAGAAGCCCCAUCAUUAGCGUGGAAUGACGCCCGAAGAUUUACAAAUUGAAUAUGUACAAAGAGACCGGGCUUACGGCGAGGAUGAUGUUCAAAGCCUGGCCUUUUCCAUUCGCUCCUUUUCAUCCCACUGCUUCCGGCUGCGAUAAUUUAUGGCGAGAUUCCAGGCUGCAACACUUAUUCCCAGCGGCGGAGCAAAUAGGAGGACCCACGCCCACCACCGCGGACUCGACGCCUCAAUGCGCGUCAUGGCCUUCUUUAUCUCGGCCUCCAGCUCCGCUCUAUCGCCAUCAUUCCACACGAUGACGCCUCUCGCCGACUCUACGCCCCUGAAUUGCGCACGCUCCACCUUUCCCAGCACAUUGCCCUGACUCUUCACACGAUUCUCAGCAUCCUCAGCACUCAGAUGCGGGUCUCGCAACCGCAAUCUUUGCAUCUGCACUGCUGGAUCCUUGACUCCAACGACAAUAACCGUCCCGCAGAGCGCGUCCAGUCCACUCUCGAACAGCAACGGGACAUCUAACACGACCGCCCAGUGUCCCUUCAGGUAAUACCGCACGAGCUCACGGUACAUCUCCCAUCUGACUGCCGGGUGCACAAUCCCAUUCAACACCGCACGAUCUUUCUUGCGCUCAUCCGAAUCGCCGAAAACUCGUCUCCCCAGCACGGGGCGGUUUAGAGGCCGCCCUUUCCCCGGUGUUUCUUCAGGGAGGAGGAGAUCUGGUGUGGUUGGACCGAAGUAGUCUACUAUAGCCUUGUAGCCAGGUGUGCCGGGUUCGACGACCUUCCGAGCGAGGACAUCUGCGUCAAUUAUCGGAAGAUUGUACGGCGGUGCGGAUAGGAGGGAGGAAACGGUUGAUUUGCCGGUGGCAAUGGAGCCCGUUAGACCGAUGAGGAGCAUGGGGAGGUGAUAUUAAUUAGAAUAUGUGCGUAUAUGUAAUGGGAGGAUAUGUCCGAUGCAAUUACAAAGGAGGGUCGCAAAAGACAACAAUCGACCCCUAGAUCUUAUAUAUUGGAGUAUAUGUU